UUUCACUCUGUCUCCCCAGGGAGGGAGCCUUGCUCUUCCUCCGGGCUUCUCCCCUGCCACACAGAGGGAGAGAGAGAGAAAGCAGAAGGGUCUUUAGACACAGCACCCAACUGCCCGGCUCACAUCUGCAGCCGGCAAACCAUGAGGAAGAGCCCCUUUGCUCCUACUAUCACUGCACCUUUGAUUUAAAACCUUCGCCCACUUCCACAAGGAACAAUGGAUGAGCAAUACAUUUCCAAACUCCACCCGGUUGUGGAUUACGGAGCUGGGGUCUUUCUUCUCAUCAUAGCCAUCCUCACAGUCCUCGGAAAUUCAGUUGUCCUUGCUACAGCUGUGAAACGCUCUUCCCUCCUGAAGUCACCAGAGCUGCUUACUGUCAACCUGGCAGUAGCGGAUAUUGGAAUGGCCAUCAGCAUGUAUCCGCUGGCCAUUGCAUCCGCAUGGAACCACGCUUGGCUGGGAGGAGAUGCAUCCUGCAUCUAUUAUGCCCUGAUGGGAUUCCUUUUUGGUGUCUGCAGUAUGAUGACCCUGUGUGCCAUGGCUGUGAUUCGAUUCCUUGUCACCAAUUCAUCCAAAUCUAACAGUAGCAAAAUCACCAAGAACGCUGUUCGCUUCUUGAUUACUUCCAUCUGGCUCUACUCCUUGCUCUGGGCCAUUCUGCCCUUGGUAGGCUGGGGCUACUAUGGCCCUGAGCCAUUUGGCAUCUCCUGUACAAUAGCCUGGAGCAAGUUCCACAACUCCUCCAAUGGCUUUUCCUUCAUCCUGAGCAUGUUCCUCCUGUGCACCGUCCUGCCUGCACUGACCAUUGUUGCCUGUUACUUGGGAAUUGCCUGGAAGGUUCAUAAAGCAUACCAGGAGAUCCAGAAUAUCGACAGGAUCCCUCACGCAGCUAAACUGGAGAAGAAGCUGACACUGAUGGCCGUGCUCAUCUCGGUUGGCUUCCUGAGCUCGUGGACACCGUAUGCAGCAGCCAGCUUUUGGUCCAUAUUUAACUCCAGCGACUCCCUACAGCCCAUUGUUACGCUGCUGCCCUGUCUGUUUGCCAAAUCUUCCACGGCGUACAACCCUUUCAUUUAUUACAUCUUCAGCAAAACUUUCCGUCGUGAAAUUAAGCAGUUGCAGUGUUGCUGGGGCUGGCGGGUUCCUUUCUUCAGCACUGACAACUCGGCUGAAAACCCGGUGUCGAUGAUGUGGAGCGGGAGAGACAACGUGCGUCUCUCCUCAGCUGCGAAGGUGGAGAACCGGGGAGCUGCAACUCGCUGAAACGCAGCGAUGGUUUCACAACACAGGUCAACACUUGGGCUCACUCAUGGGUCCAAACGAGUAGGAAUUCACCGAGUGGGGUUGCCAAAUAGAGAGGUUUAAUUAUAUAUUUUUAAGCAAUUCUUGAAUAUUAUCUUUAAGCUAUAUAACAAAAUAAACCACUAUUUUUUUCAAGAAUUUCCACUUAAGAGGAAAUAGAUUUCCUCCAUAUAUUAUGACAAGUACAGAGGUUUAAGUAUAUAUUUUUAAGCAACUCUCAAACAUUGUCUUUAAGCUACACCAAAAAAAUUAUCUACAAUUACCACUUUAGAGGAAAUAGGUUUAUGUACUAAACAUCGAACACAUAUAAACUAAACUUAUUUUCAGGGAAACAGCUAUAAUUAAAAGAGGAUUAUUAUUAUUAUUAUUAUUAUUAUUAUUAUUAUUAUUAUUAUUAUUAUUAUGACUUUUUAAUGCCAUCUAUCCGCAAACUUGUGGCUCUGUCAUUAAAACAGCAAUCAGAUAAAACCAUAGGUUGAACGCGAAGUGUUACCCAGUAAACACAGCUGAGAGUGUAGCUUUCCAGUAACACAGGCAGAAGACGAUAUGGGUAGCAAGAAAUAAUCACUACCAGGAGAAGAUGAUGAAGUGGCUGGUAGCAAAUUAUAGAGAUCAACAGUUCCUUGCUUCAUAUAAUGUAAUUUCAGCUCCUCAAGACAUGAGCUCAAACAGGAGCUGAGCAGCCUUGGUCUAAAGAGGUUCAGUGGGAAGGUGGCAGUCAGUGAAGGAUGUCGUCUGCAUGUCACAAAUAGCACAAGAAGUGAAGGAAUCUCUUAGCGAAAAGAACUGUACACUUAGGCUGUUGCUUGCUGAGAUCAGAGAGCUUAUUUACACUUAUAAACAUCUCAAGGUGGGUGUCAGGAGGAUGGACCAGACCCUGUUCAGAAGUGCCCAAUGACAGGAUGAGGGGCAACGGGCACAGAGUGAAGCACGGGAGGUUCCAUCUGAACAUGAGGAGAAACUUCUUUACUCUGAGGUGCCAGAGCCCUGUUACAGGCUGCCCAGAGAGGUUGUGGAGUCUCCUUCUCUGGAGACAUUCAAACCCACCUGGACACAUUCCUGUGUGAUCUGCUCUGGUGAACCUGCUUUAGCAGGUGGGUUGGACUGGAUGAUCUCCAGAGGUCCCUUCUAACCCCAACCAUCCUGUGAUUCUGUGCUAUAACAGCUCUGCUACCAUUACAGCUGUCAGAGCAUUUGUUUUCUGGAGGAGAAUUCUGUAUAACACACCAAAAGACAUCUUCAGGACAACCUGCCCGGCAGAUCCUGCCGAUGCUGUCCCAGCGCUGAUCGCUUUGAGCUCCUGAGACACCAAGUUCCGCACCGGCUGGAGCACCAACACAAUUACGACAGAGAAGGGAAUUUGUUGAUCAGCUUUAAAGAAUAUGUACAUCUGUAAUGUCAUCCUGCUGGCCGGUUUUUAACCAAAGAGAUUAUGAGGUGGAAAAGACAAGCUCCUACACUUUAAAUCGCUUGCUCUCUGACUCUCUGUGAUUUUAAGGGACAUAAACGUCUCUCUAGGGUAUGAAAUGUACAAAAUAUGGCUUGAGCUGCAGCAGUUCUUGCUUCCCCUGCUUACUUAGCUGAUCACAUCUAUUUUUGUAUUAGUUUCAGUUAAGACAAGAAGAGUUAAUUCAUGGGCAGAUUUGGCACAGGUUUUAAACAACAAUCUGAAAUGAUAGUGAAAGGACUUUGAGUUCUUGAAAACUUCUAGCACACUCAAACCCUAAUAAUUACUUCUGAAAUCUUAAUAAUUAGUUUCAUUUUCUGAACUACAGCUAAGGCAAAAAACAGGAUUAAAAGAUAGGCUUGAGCACAUCUGUAUCUAUGAGAAGUUAUUUCUCUGUGGAGUCUGGAUUAGCAAAGAACAAACAAAAUGAGAGCUAAGACCUACACUA